GUGUGAAAAUUCUAAAUAAAAGACUUGUUUUAAUGAAAUUAAUAUAAAUAUCAGUGUAAAUAAUUAAAAGGGAAUAAAAUGUAAUAAAAAUAUCAGCAAGUAGAAAAAGGAAUAAAAGAAAGUGUGUAAAAGGUUCAGGGUUUCAGCUGCUGAGUCUCCACGUGGCUUCUUCUCGUGCUGUAACCUGAGACCUGGUGUCCACCUCCUCCACACAUCUCCACUCCUCCAUCCCUCAUCCCUCCAUCUUCAGCUUCACUCCUCCAACAUGGAGGCUCUGGGUGGAUAUCCGUCCAAACAGUCCAGUUCCAGAGCCCGGCUCGUGUCCCUCAUCCUCACAGUGACCUUCUGCAUCUCAUCACUUUAUCUCCUGCACGCAAAGCUCUCCAGGAACCACCACCACGCCGACUUUUACUCCUUCCAGGUGAAGGACACGAAGGGGAGAAGUGUCUCACUGGAGAAGUACCGGGGGAAGGUGUCUCUGGUUGUAAAUGUAGCGAGUCACAGUGAACACACUGAGCAGAACUACAGAGACCUGCAGGAGCUGCACCGGGCCCUGGGCUCCACCCACUUCACCGUCCUGGCCUUCCCGUGUGCCCAAUACGGAGACACGGAACCGGGGAUGGGCCGCGACGCAGAGGCCUUCGCCAGGUCCAACUACGCCGUCACGUUUCCCUUCUUCAACGUGAUCAAAAUCAUGGGGUCAGAGGCAGAGCCAGCUUUCAGAUUCCUCACAGAAUCAGUUCAACAAAUACCCAAGUGGAACUUCUGGAAGUUCCUGGUGAGUGCUGAGGGUCAGGUCCUGCAUGUGUGGAAGCCGGAGGAACCGAUGGAGGAAAUCAGGAGGGAAGUGACGGCUCUCGUACGGGAAAUCAUACUGAAGAAGAGACACGAGCUCUGAGGGAGGUUCUGUAUGCUGACGUGGAGAUGUUCUGAAGGUUCUGAGAGGAACCAAGCAUCACUGUGUGGUGCUGGGACAGAACAGAGAACUCUACAUGUGGUACUGAAGUGUGUGUGUGUGUGUGUGUGUGUGUGUGUGUGUGUGUGUGUGUGUGUGUGUGUGUGUGUGUGUGUGUGUGUGUGGAAGGUGGAUUUGUGAGAGUGAAGUGUGAAAUCUCAGGGUGAUCAUCUGCAACCACUGAUCACAAAGAUCUCGAAAUGUCUCAUAUUUAAUGCAGUUUCUGUUGAUCAUUUUCAUCUGAUCUCGUGAUCAUCACACCUCCUCUCUGAUCACAGAUUUUUAUUAAUAAAAAUACUUCAUGAAAAAUA